AUGUCGUCCUCAUCAGCUGCAAUGUGGCUCUUGAGUCAAGGCAGCAAGGCAUCAACAGAGAUCACAGCUCGCUCUAUGCGCGCGCGGAGUCUACAGACAUCUGCAAGCCGUCUGGCGCCCGAAGACGAAGCACCUCGCAAAAAGCGCAUCGGCUUGAUCUCCCGUCUGCGGACCUCCGUCACCAGCCGACUGGGCUUCACUGGACAGUCCAUCACGUCAGAGCUAGAGCAGGAGCAACUGCGCGAGAGAGUUGCGGCAGGCAAGGCCAAUCCUUUCGAGCAAUUGCUAGCCCUGCCGCCAAAAGAGCUAGAGGCGCUCACUGCCGAUCGACUGACUGCGCCAUCACUCAUCCGGAACAAGCCUGUAGAGGUGCCAAAGCAAACUAUGUCAACGCCCUGGUUCAGGCACUCGCAUCGAAAGCUCAACGAUCUCGCUCGAUUGAUCGCAGGCAGACAUGUCGAUGAUGCGAUACAUCAGAUGGAGUUCAGUCAGAAGCUAGCGAGCAAACGGAUCAAGCCAGUCUUGCUCGAGGCCAAGCGACGUGCUCUCGCCAAGAACAUCCCAGCAGAGACGCUGGUCGUCUCUCAGAGCUGGGUAGACAAAGGCUCAAAGACAAAGGUCAUUGACAUCCGUGGUCGUGGCAAGCACGGUGUCAUCGAGCAUGCCGACACAAGACUCAAGCUCAUCUUACAAGAAGGCAAGAAAACCGAUCAGAAACGGCUCGACAAGGUAUCAUUGCUACUGAAGAAGAGGCUGCGGACCGGUCCCGGCAGGGUGCAAACCAACAGGCCCAUCAUCAACGGUGGCGCCUUUGCAGCAAACGCUUACAAUUGGUGA